AUGAUAAAUACAGACACAGGAGCACAGACACAGGAGCACAGACACAGGAGCACAGACACAGGAGCACAGACAGAGGAGCACAGACACAGGAGGAGCACAGACAGAGGAGCACAGACACAGGAGCACAGACAGAGGAGCACAGACACAGGAGGAGCACAGACAGAGGAGCACAGACACAGGAGCACAGACACAGGAGCACAGGCACAGGAGCACAGACACAGGAGCACAGACAGAGGAGCACAGACACAGGAGCACAGACAGAGGAGCACAGACACAGGAGCACAGACACAGGAGCACAGACAGAGGAGCACAGACACAGGAGCACAGACACAGGAGCACAGACACAGGAGCACAGACACAGAGCACAGACAGAGGAGCACAGACACAGGAGCACAGACACAGGAGCACAGACAGAGGAGCACAGACACAGGAGCACAGACAGAGGAGGAGCACAGACACAGGAGCACUGACACAGGAGGAGCACAGACACAGGAGCACAGACACAGGAGGAGCACUGACACAGGAGCACAGACACAGGAGCACAGACACAGGAGCACAGACACAGGAGGAGCACUGACACAGGAGCACAGACACAGGAGCACAGACACAGGAGCACAGACAGAGGAGCACAGACACAGGAGCACAGGCACAGGAGCACAGGCACAGGAGCACAGACAGAGGAGCACAGACACAGGAGCACAGACACAGGAGCACAGACAGAGGAGCACAGACACAGGAGCACAGACAGAGGAGGAGCACAGACACAGGAGCACAGACACAGGAGCACAGACACAGGAGCACAGACACAGGAGGAGCACUGACACAGGAGCACAGACACAGGAGCACAGACACAGGAGGAGCACUGACACAGGAGCACAGACACAGGAGCACAGACACAGGAGCACAGACAGAGGAGCACAGACACAGGAGCACAGGCACAGGAGCACAGGCACAGGGAGCACAGACACAGGAGCACAGACAGAGGAGCACAGGCACAGGAGCACUGACACAGGAGCACAGACACAGGAGCACAGACACAGGAGCACAGACACAGGAGCACAGACACAGGAGCACAGACACAGGAGCACAGACACAGGAGCACAGACACAGGAGCACAGACACAGGAGCACUGACACAGGAGCACAGACACAGGAGCACAGACACAGGAGCACAGACACAGGAGCACAGGCACAGGAGCACAGACACAGGAGCACAGGCACAGGAGCACAGGCACAGGAGCACUGA